AGGAAAGCGCUUUAGAGAUUCUACCAAAAAUAAUGGCAAACUGUAUGAUAAUAAUAAUAGUACUUCAGACACUACAAACACCUCUGAUGAACAUUUUCAUUCAUCAUCUAGAUCAAAUCGUAUUUCACAAUUGGAAGCUGAACUUUCUCGUUUAAGAUCACAAAUUGCUCAAUUAAUUUUAGCUCAAGAAUUAGGUAAAUCAAGCACGUCUGACGUAGAUCGAGAUCGUUUUCUUCAUCGUCCAGAUGCAGAUGGUGAGAGUGAUACUGCCACUACUACUGCUGCCAUCGCUGCCACAGGAUCACCUAGUCUGAUGCAACAUGAUAAAACAAAGUUUUACAACAAUCUGUCAGAAUUUCCUAUUCCUUCAGUUAGUUCAACUUCAACAUCAUUAAUACUACCUCCACCACCAAUACCCCCUCCACCGCCACCACCGCUCAUGAUUUCUUCACCUGCACUACAAGGAGGUAGUAGUAAUUGGAGAGAACAAUUGCAAGCAAAGCUAAGAAGUAAAAAGAAUAAUUCCACGGAUAAAACAUCUACACCAAUAAAAAGUAAUUUGUCGACGUCACAAAAUCCCGCCGAUAUGUCACAAGUAUUGAAAGAAUUACAAAGUGGAUCUAUUAAACUACGUUCAAUACCAAGAUCACCUGGUGGUACACCGAUAAAACAAAAACAGUCUCCCACAAUCAGUGGCUCUGAUCCAUGUGCAAUUAUCGCUCGAGCACUACACUCUAAAUUUUCACAUCUUCGUUCUAUAAUGGACAAUUCUAUUAGUGAUGAAGAAAAGAACUGUCAGUCGAAUAUUCAUCUUGACUCUGGUUUAGGACCUGGAUGUGAAGAUAUUUGGUCACCCAAACGUAAACCCAACGGUUCUCCCCAUUCAUUGAUUUUUGGCCAGCACAUUCUCCGCCCAGUCAAUCGACGUACAGACAAGACCAAUUAAAACAUCCAACUCGGAUUCCUACGAUGUACUAAUUGGAUGUUAUGACUUUCACAAUAGUUAUUAUUUUACAGAUCCUGAUUAUAUGCCCUAUCAUACCUUGCCUACUCUUUCGGAAAAACUAUGAGCAUUGAAAUAAAUUGC